AUGGCCACCUCCGCAGCCGCCACUGAAGGCGUCGCAGCAGCUUUCCGGUUCGUGCUUCGACGUGCCCAUCUAGCCGUUGAGCGCUUCGGUCGUGGGUCCGACCAUGUCCGAGUGGUGGCUGUGAGCAAGACCAAACCGGUCUCUCUUAUUCGCCAAGUCUACGAUGCCGAGCAUCGGUGCUCUGGGGAAAAUUAUGUUCAAGAGCUCAUCGAGAAAGCUCCUCAGACUACAAGAAGAGAAUCUCCUUCAAUUGUGACAUCUGGAAAAUUUAAAUAUUUAGCCAUAUUGACUGCAAGUCUUGCCGCAAUUGCUUAUGCUACUAUUAGAGUUGUUGUUCCAAUUUCUUCCGUCCAUAUUUCAAUUGCGCUUCCUUCAGAAUCACGACUUACUGCAGAGGCCAAAGAGAACGUUGUUCUUAUUGCCGCAUCAAAUGAAAUGUUUACUGUGUUGAGAUGA